AUGGGGUUCUCACCCCCGUUGCAGGGGAGUUUGGCGGCGAGGCGCGAUGGCACCGACGGGGAGGAGGACGAGGCGGACGGCGGCGAGGUUCGGGGUCGGCCGGCGAUGGAGAGGCGGGGCGGGGCAGUCCAGCGCCGGCGCCAGGGGCAUGGGGCGGCACCGGGCGGCGUCAGGCUCGGCGACGCGGCGCCGGCCGUCGGCGAUGACGACGGGAUCGGGAGCGGCGCGUCCAGAUCGGGGAGAGGGGGGAAGAGAGCGAGGGGAGAGUGGGUGCCCAACCACCCACUCUCCCCUCGCUCUCUUCCCCCCUCUCCCCGAUCUGGACGCGCCGCUCCCGAUCCCAUCGUCAUCGCCGACGGCCGGCGCCGCCUCGCCGAGCCUGACGCCGCCCGGUGCCGCCCCGCGCCCCUGGCGCCGGCGCUCAUCCCCGGCGCCACCCCGACGCCCCACCUCGUCGGUCGCUGGACUGCCCCGCCCCGCCUCUCCAUCGCCGGCCGACCCCGAACCUCGCCGCCGUCCGCCUCGUCCUCCUCCCCGUCGGCGCCAUCGCGCCUCGCCGCCAAACUCCCCUGCAACGGGGGUGAGAACCCCAUUCCCCCUGCUUCCCUUUCCCCGCCGUCCCGCACAUCCACCGUCGUGCGUCGCCGCGCCCCUGUGCACUUCGCCGGGCCGCCGCCCACUCGCCGUACGCGCCCUUCCCCGCGCGCGCCCCGCUACUGCACUGCUGCUGCUGUUUUCCACGGCAUCGCCCGCUGCUGA